CACAAAAUACAUCUCCUCAUUUAGUUAUUCGUUAUCAAUCAGACCGUACAGAUCUAAAAAUGAACGUCGUCUUCUGGUGCCUUAUCACCGUGACCUGCUCUCCGCUGAUCGCAAACCACCUAGUCCAAGCCACUGCCGGAACCAGUAUCACAACCGCUCCAAGGUGUCUUCGAGAGGAUUCUAAAAAAUGCGUCAUCGUAUCAUUUUCCCUUUUGGAUCCACCCCAGGAAGUCAUACUUCCCACAUUGAAGGGAAAAAGUACUCUCCAAAUCAAGCGAGGCAAACUGGAUGCUUUCUCUGAAAAGCUUGCCAAUCAGCUGGGGACUGUUGAAAAACUUCAACUUGGGCCGCUAGAACUGAAGAAGAUUUUCCUGAACCCACAACUACUUGAGCUGACCGCAGGAGGGAACCAAAUCCAUAAAGUCGAGUUCCCAACUGUAGACUCCCGGUUCAAACUGCAGGUACUGGAUCUGAGUUCGAACCAACUGAAUGAUCUGACUGGUUUUGAAAAAUUGUUGAAUUUGCGCGAAUUGCAUCUCGAAGACAACGCCAUUCAAAGUGUCGAUUUGCAUGUGUUCAAAAGCAUGAAAAAGUUGGAAAAGUUGUUCCUUGAUCGGAACCAAAUCACCACUGUGAAAGCCACUGAGCGAUUUGAAUUACCAGUUUUGGAAUAUCUCUCUAUAUCUGGAAAUCAGAUUGAAAAAUUGGACGUUACCAAUUGGCAGUUGGAUUCUCUUACGCAGUGGGACGUGAGUACAAACAAGUUGAUUAAAAUCGACGGAAAAUUGGAAGAACGGUUUCCCAGUUUGCAAACGAUCUCUGUGGCCAAAAAUGAAUGGCACUGUAUGUGGUUGGAGGACACGUUGCAACGGUUUAGCGAAAGCUUCAUAAUGGUUCAAGAUCGAGAUGAGGACUGUGAGGGAAUUUCCCCGGCUAACAUCUGUUGUGUUCCGGAGCACAACAUCGAUCCCGCCAACGACGGAAGACUGAACGAAUUGAAGAACCUAGAAAACACACAGGAAGAUUUCCGGGCGACUUACGAAAGUCAACUUGGAAAAUUGAAAAGCGAUAACGAUAGCAAACUGAAAGCCCUGGAAAGUCGAUUGAAGAAGUUGAAGGAGUUAGAGAAGAAGAAGAACGAGGAUCCUGCAGCAGGCGAUAGCAACCCAAUGAAGUCCAAGUUUGAGUCUUUAAAGCAGGCUUUUCAGAAUACUGAAUCGUUAUUGGAGCAGGAAAGGCAAUUGUGGUCGAAGAAACAGAAGGAAAACGAUGUAGCUCAGCGUAAGCUUUGGCACACGAUUUUGGAGUUGAAGCGAUCGCGAGAGCCUUACAUUAAGCAUAUUGCAGAGUUGCAGGCGCAAUUUCAAGGUCUACGAGAUCUUGUUCGCAAUAAGCUGGAGAUGCGUGAUACGCUGAAGGGUUAGGAGUUUUUGUUUCAAGAUAAACUUUGAAUUGUCUUUCAGUGACUUGUUUGAUUAAAUAAAAGAGAAGCAUAGAGAAGUAAAGCACGAUAUUGUAUGCACCAUUGAAUUUAAGAAAAUAGUCAUUAGACAACUGGAAAACGAUUCUAAAAAACAUACCAAUAUCCAUCAUAUAGGUACGGGGAAAUCACUUUCGAAAGGACCGAUACGUUAGAUACAGGGACGGAUUUGAAGGGGGAGGCAUAGGGGGCAAUUGAAAAUGUUUGUUUUUAUCCUUGAUUUCUUUUCCGUCGAUCUUGUUGCUACCGACGCCAGAGAGGACUGCCAGGACUGAGUUGGGGUAAAACAACUUUCAGCAAAUUAGUGAUUAAUUGCAAAUUAUGGUCAUUGAGGACAUCGAGAACAUUUGAAUGGCUGAGUUCUUUUUGUUUGCUGAACAUCCAUCGAAAGUAAUGUUCCUAACCCUUUGUCUGCACCUCUAAAAUAAAGCUAAGUUCAUUGCGAAAAUACUUCAAUACCUAAUACCCGUUUUACAUAAAAUUCGAAACAUGUCUCAAACUAAGAGGGCAUGUGAAGAAGACUUCAGCAUGUCAGAGAAAAAAUCGUUUUGAUGAAUUAUCAAGAUUGCAAAAAUUGCCUGGGGUCACAUUGAUCCCAAGAUACAGUCAA